UCUGUCACCGACCCUGCUUGUUGUGCACUAUGAAACCAAAUCCUUUACCGUAUAGCUUCACCUGUAAUUUGGCAACAAUUGACGUAAGCGUUGACGAAUGUUCGUAAUCUUUAAUAUUUAUAGUCGUACACUUUUCACUUUUUUUGCUUUAUUUAGGCCAGUUUAUUUAAUGCUAGCAGCUUGUCGUCUUUAGAUACCUACGUAUGGUUGUAACUUCGUUGAAAUCGAAUUAUUAUUGAGAAUAAAUCCCAAGUUGUGUGAAAUUGUGAUGUGCGUGGUGCAUUAGCGCUCCUCGAGUUAUGUUUAUCAAGGCCGCGCCAGUGGUGGCCGAAGAGGAGCGCCGUGGUUCAGUGUCCAAUUGGUUUUCGUCGUUGAGACGUGGCGGUCGACGCAAACGUGAGGACAGUGCUGUUCCGACCGGCUAUGGCUCAUUAGGCAGAAGGAAGGAUGGCACCCAGUCUCGCGGCAAGACGAGGUCGGCCUGGGAUCUAACCACCGUCACCAGACUGCAACUCAAAGAUGAGCUCGGUGAGGUGGUGGCCGAACUGGAGGCCCUCGACGGGCAGGAGGAGUGCAAGCAAAAUAGUAAAGCCAAACAGAUGAGCAUAGGCAGGAAGAAAUUUAAUAUGGACCCUAAGAAAGGUAUCGAAUAUCUAUAUGAAAAUGGACUAUUGCAAAGGACGCCGGAAGACGUAGCUCAGUUUCUCCAUAAAGGAGAAGGGCUCAGUAAAACAGCGAUAGGAGACUACCUCGGCGAGCGCUCGGACUUCAAUGAGGCGGUGCUCCGGGCAUUCGUCGAGCUGCACGAUUUCACGGACUUGAUACUUGUACAGGCGUUAAGACAAUUCCUAUGGAGUUUUCGUCUGCCCGGUGAAGCUCAAAAGAUCGACCGCAUGAUGGAGAGUUUCGCUCAACGCUACUGCCAACUGAACCCCGAUAUAUUCACGAACGCGGACACGUGCUACGUGCUCAGUUUCGCGAUAAUCAUGCUCAAUACGUCGCUGCACAACCCCAGUGUGAAGGACAAGCCCACGCCGGAACAGUUCGUAGCCAUGAACCGCGGCAUCAAUAACGGUGGCGAUCUACCUCAAGAAUUGCUCUUGUCUCUAUACGAGUCUAUAAAGACGGAGCCGUUCAAAAUACCAGAAGACGACGGUAAUGAUCUCAUGCAUACCUUCUUCAAUCCUGAUAAAGAGGGGUGGCUGUGGAAACAGGGUGGCAGAUAUAAGUCCUGGAAGAGACGAUGGUUCAUACUAAAUGAUAACUGUCUUUACUACUUCGAGUACACGACGGACAAAGAGCCGCGGGGCAUCAUUCCAUUAGAAAAUAUAUCUGUCCGCGCUGCGAGCGACCGCCAGCGCCCGCACUGCCUCGAGCUGUACGCCAGCGGCGGCGCCGACCUCAUCAAGGCUUGCAAGACCGACUCCGAGGGGAAGGUUGUGGAGGGCAAACACACCGUCUACAGAAUGUCUGCGGCUACUGCUGAAGAGCGCGACGAGUGGAUUGAAUGUCUACGGCGCUCAAUAAGUCACAACCCAUUCUACGAUAUGCUCGCACAACGAAAGAAGAAGGCUCAGCACAAUUUGCACUCCGGCUCGCACUAGCGCGCUAAGCCCGCACCGAGCGACCCCUCGCGCGCCAAGCCCGCACCGUAGGCACCAUACAUAUAGCUAGUGAACUGUACAUGAGUUGAACUCGGCCUACCACGUUUUAGAACACCAAUUUUGAUUCGUAAGAAGCUAGAGUUUCUUUUUCGAACUAUACACGAUGUUAUAGCAUCGAAGACUUGUUUGUUACUAUGGGGUGUUGUUUUCUGAUAAUACGAGAAAAAAAUGGGCAAAUACAGAAUAAAGUUCGUUGUUAAGGUUUGUGUGUAAAUAAAUAAUUGAAAAAGUGAUCACAAAUUAAAUGUGUAAGUGCGGUCACAAAAUGGAUUCGAACUAAAGACAUUCUGUUGAGACAACUUUUUGAAUUUUAUUUCUUAGUUGUCAGUGAUGAUAUGAAAAUGGUUUCACACUGAUCAGGCAGGCAGUUGGAGUAAUAUAUACAUUAUAUGUAUCUUAAAAUAUACAGAUUGGCAGAGUACAAGGAUAUUCAUUACUAUGAUUUUACUUAUGAUAUUAAAACAAUUUUGGCCAUCAGCGCAAACCAUAUAAAGAUAUAUAUAUUAUUUGGUAUUAUUACGAAUUAAACUUAAUUGAUAUUAUUUUUAUUUUAAUAAGACUUACGUUCGCGAAUGAGAAGUAGAAAACAGAGCUCAGAACAUAUAUACUUGUAUGUCAUUAGAUUUUUGAAGCCGCGUUUGUUGGCACAGAAACUAGUUAACGGAGUCAAACAGUUGUCAAGGUCCUUGUUACUGUUUAUUUAUAACACUGAGUGUAAAUUAAACGAUAUUUAUACGUUUUGCACUGAUGGCCUGAUUUAAAGAUUGCAUCAAAUCAUGUUCAAGAUGUAGACGUCCAUCUAGUUAUAGUGGCAUGUCUUUUAACUGAUUUGUUACGGAUGAAACCUGUUGCAGGAUUGCUAACAUUAUUUAUAAAAUUAAGAGUAAUAUUAUAACACCAUUCUGCCAGCGAGAUCGAUCUUGAUGGCUAUUAUAAGUAAUGAAAUGUGAACGUUAUAGUCAAUAAGUUUUUAGUUAUUAUGCAUAAGGUUUUAUUCGUAACAAUGAGACAACAUGAAUAAAAUUGUGAUAUUUACAGCCAAUUCUACGACAAGUGAUUAUAGUUGUAGUGGAACGAACAAUAUGUUCAUAUAUCAUGGGCCAUAGCUCAUGGUCGGUGUUUAUUGUCCAUGUAAAUAACAAACGCAAGACUGAAACAUAUGUAAACUAUUGCAUCUUGAAUCGAUUAUAUCACAAAAUAAUUAAAUAGAAUUUCAUAUUGAAUUUAUAUCCUUUUGAAAUUUUAAACUGGUCUAAUUGUUCAAAUUGUUUAUUACUUCUCAGUCGUAUGAAAUGUUUGUAUAUGUUUUAACAAUGUUGGUCGUUUUAUGACAUGAUCGAUGAGAGAUACCGUGGAUUACCGCCCUUUUAUUGUAAUUAUUUGCGAUUUCUUAUUUGAAAUAUAGAAUGUGAUUGUUUUUUUUUUCGUAAAUAUAUAGAUAGGAUUUUACAAAUUUAUUGAUGCUUCUCGUUGCUUUGACAAUAAUUCGUUUGUUACAAUGGUUUACCGUAUAAAGGUCUAACCAUAGGAUUAUGAUAUCAUAAAUAUACACAAUAUAGUAUAUCAUUAGUUGAAAUUUGUAUUCAUUGAAAGUAUUACAUCAUGUAAAAAAUGAUUAGUGUAGCGGUAGCUUUAUUAUAGUGUAAUAUAGUUAUAAUAAAUCUUAUAAUGUAAAUAUGGCUUAAUAGUUGAUUUGAUUAGAACGUAAGAGGGUUAGGAAAUUGUUCAGAAUAUGUUGUUUUAUAUUUCUCAUAUUAUUUUAAGAUUCAUACAUGAAUGAGUCAUUUUUUUAAAUAUAUUUUUAGUAUAGGAAUUAUUUAUACAUAUAGCUGGAUACAAGAAGAUUUUUAUCAUGUUGUAGUAUAAUUGAUACUUGGGAAUACAUUUUUUAUGAACUUAUUGGUACCGCUAAACAAAUAUGUUAACUAUAUUCCGUAUAAUGAUUAUAACAAUGUCAUUCGUUCAUUCAUACACACAUAUACAAUAAAUACUCUCGAUGUACACAAUCUUCAGCAAGAACUUAACUAUCUGAUGUAAUCUUUCAUAGAAGAAAAAUUAUUAUUAAAUGAAUGAAUAUCAAGAACUGAAAGGCAGUUUCUGUGCGUACUAGUUAAUCUGAGCGGACCAAAUAAUUCAUUUCUUGAUACAUUUCGUCGUUCUAAACAGAUUAUCAAUGUUAUUUGAUACUCGUUAUUUAUUUCGGUCCAAACGAUUUAUACUCGUAUAUAUUUACUAAUACUUUUACUUACUUUUCAUUUAUAACUUUUCUAAACACAAUAAAGUUGCUCUGUAUUCUUCACAUUUUACUUUAUAAGACUUACGUAACUUGGGGCCGAAAUUAAUAAUAGCUUAGUUAUUUGUGCGUUGAAGGCAAAAAGAAAAUUAAUUUCGUUUCGUUGCAAGUUUAAAUGAACAUUGUUUAUUGUUAUGCAACAGUGUGUCAGUCGAAAACUUUUGUAUCGUUAUAAGUAUGAGAAAAAAUGAGUAAUUUAUUUAUAUGUUGCUAACUAUUCAUUGUUCCAUGCAAUAUUUAACGUCACUUGCUUAAUGGUAGCUAUUGUUUGCCUAUAUAACAAAUAUAAUGAAAAAUUGACACAUUUUUGCAUAACAUAUUAAAGAAAAUGUAAAUAAGAUUUAUAAUAAAGUCUAGGUUAUAAUCACAUAUUUAGGGAAAGGUGCCUAACGAUCUGUAACUAUUUAAGUUAGUUUAGUUACAAUAAAGCUGUGUAAAUUUGCGUAAAUAUAUUAAUUUAUCUCAAUCGUAAUUGUAAUUGUAAUGAUUUAUAUGACAACGGAUAUGUGCAUAAUAAUGAUGUAAAUAAUUUUGUAU